AUGCGUAUAUACCAGAUAUGCAUGAUGAAAAAGAUGAGCCUAAUGCAGUUAACAAGGAGCGGUUUGAGUAAUCCUUCUUCGUGCCGGCUGUCCCGGACCGAGUCGGAGCUCAGGUGCAGUGUCGCAGGGGGGAUGCUGUGCAGCGGCAGAGGCGGAUGCGAGUGUGGAGUCUGCAUCUGCCAAGUGACUGAGUCCGGCACAUACUACGGUCCGCUCUGCGAGUGCCAUGACUGGGUGUGUGAGACCUACGACGGGAAGAUCUGCGCAGGCCAUGGGAAGUGUGACUGUGGGAAGUGCAAAUGUGAUGAAGGCUGGUAUGGUGAAGCUUGUCAGUAUCCAACUACUUGCAAUCUUACACGGAAGAAAAGCAAUGAAAUGUGCAAGAAUUCUCAAGAUAUCAUCUGUUCUGGUGCAGGCACAUGUCAGUGUGGCAGGUGUAAAUGUGCAAACUCAGAAGGAAAUGGACUGGUCUACGGUAAAUUUUGUGAAUGUGAUGACAGAGAAUGCAUAGAUGAUGAGACAGAAGAGAUUUGUACAGGCCAUGGAAAGUGUUACUGUGGAAACUGUUACUGUGAGGCUGGUUGGCAUGGAGAUAAAUGUGAAUUCCAGUGUGACAUCACCCCCUGGGAGAUCAAGAAAAGAUGCACAUCUCCAGAUGGCAAAAUCUGCAGCAACAGAGGCACAUGUGUAUGUGGGGAAUGCACAUGCCAUGAUGUGGACCCGACUGGUGACUGGGGAGAUAUUCAUGGAGAUACUUGUGAGUGUGAUGAAAGAAACUGCAAAGCAGUGUACGAUAGAUAUUCUGAUGACUUCUGUUCAGGUCACGGACAGUGUAAUUGUGGAAGGUGUGACUGUAAAGAAGGAUGGACUGGGAAGAAGUGUGAACAUCCACGUUCUUGUCCAUUGUCAGUUGACGAAAGUGCUAAGAAAUGCCAAGGAAAUUCUAAUUUACCUUGCUCUGGAAGAGGGAGAUGUGAAUGUGGCCAAUGCACUUGUUUCCCUCCAGGAGACAGCAGAGUUUAUGGCAAAAACUGUGAAUGUGAUGACCGACAAUGUGAAAAUAUGGAUGGCGAUGUCUGCAGGGGCCAUGGUGUCUGCUCAUGUGGCCGAUGCAUUUGCCAGGACGGGUGGUUUGGAAAGUGGUGCCAGCAUUCCAGGAAGUGCAACAUGACAGAGGAGGAGAGCAGAAGUCUCUGCGAGUCAGCGGAUGGCAUAUUGUGUUCGGGGAAGGGUUCCUGCCACUGUGGAAAGUGCAUCUGUUCACCACAGGAAUGGUACAUUUCGGGCGAUUUCUGUGAAUGCGAUGACAGAGACUGUGACAAACAUGAUGGUCUCAUUUGCACAGGCAAUGGUGUUUGUAGCUGUGGAAACUGCGAGUGCUGGGAAGGAUGGAAUGGAAAUGCUUGUGAAAUUUGGCUGGGGAGAGAAUACCCUUAA